GGAACGCAACGCAACAUACAUUUGUGAAGGAGCGUUCCAUCGACAUAUACGUUUUAAAAUAGGGAUGUAGCUUAAGAAAACGGCUGUACUUUAAUUCAUAAUAAGAUGAAUAUAUCUCAUUUGACGGUUUUUGUUUUAUAUUUUUCACUAGAAUGUAUUUGCCAGAGCGACACCUACUCCCUGAGCUACAUCUACACUGCCCUGUCAAAGCCAGUAGACUUGCCUGGUAUCCAUGAGUUCACUGCCAUGGGUCUGAUGAACAACCAACAGAUCGAUUACUAUGACAGUGUGUCAAAGAAGAAGAUUCCCAAACAGGACUGGAUGAGGGAGAAGCUGCCAGCAGACUACUGGGAAAAAGGCACUCAGUCACGCAAGAGCAAGGAGCAGUGGUUCAAAGUUAAUGUCGAUAUCUUGAUGAAGCGCAUGAGGCACAACAACACUGAUGUCCAUGUCCUUCAGUGGAAGGUUGGUUGUGAGAUUGACCAACAGAGUGACGGCACAUUGAAAUUCAUAAAGGGCAUCGACCAAUACAGCUAUGAUGGUGACGACUUCCUGGCCUUUGAUGAUGUCACUAUGCAGUGGGUGGCCCCAGUUGAUCAAGCUCUGCCGACGAAGAGGAAGUUGGAUGAUGUGCAGAUCCUCAACACGUACACCAAGGGCUACCUGGAGAAGGAGUGUGUGGACUGGCUGUCCAAAUUCAUGGAAUAUGAGGACAAGGAAUUCAGUUGGGCUGAUUCCGCUCCAAAGGUCUAUGCAUUUGCUAAAAAAGCCAAAACUGCAGGACAUGUCCGACUGACCUGCAUGGCCACAGGUUUCUAUCCCAAAGAUGUGGUUAUGCAUAUUAAGAAGAAUGGUGUUCCAUUGACCGACCGUGAUGGAGUGCAGUCUGCAGGACUCCUACCCAAUGAUGAUGAGACCUACCAGAUCAGGAUGAGUGUGCAGAUCCCAGAGGCAGACAAGGAAACGUAUGAAUGUUAUGUCAACCAUAGAGCUUUGAAGGAGCCAAUUGUGGUAAAAUGGGAUGGAAAAUGUUGUGAUUGCAGUAGUGGCGGUGCUGUAGUCAUUGGGGCUGUAGUCAUCGCCUUUAUUGUAGUUCUGAUCUUGGUGGGCCUCUUUGUUCUGCACAGAAGAGGGACAAUUGUGAUUCCUGGCUUGAGAACUAGAGCUAAUGGCAAUGGAGCGGCUGCAAUGGUGUGAAAAGGAAAUAGCAAGGUGGAUAGAUGACCAUUGUUGGCCAAACUUCCUGACCGGACCACAAAGGAACCUCAAUUAAUUUCAUAAUUUUAUAGGAUGGCUAUUGAUAACACUAUUCAGUUACACAGAUUCAUUCUCAUAAGCUAGUGAUGGAAAUGAUAGUUACUUUGUUGCAAUAUGCUAAAAACUUCUGCAUUUCAUAGUGUUUGCUGUUCUUGUGUAAGGUUUGGUACUUCCAAGUGUGUGUGUGUGUGUGGGAGGGUUUACACUAGACCUGUACUAGGUCAGUUUUUUUUGAAGGGGUGGGGGGGUUAGGUACCAUUGGGGUUGAUGUAGCUCAUUCUCUUCAAUGAAAGUAUUCUGUCGUAUAUUUAAUUGUUUUACUGUUACAGUGGAUGUUACUGUAUGGAGAGGCAUCUUUAAGGUAUUUAUAUCAUUCUUCAGGGAUUAUAACUAGGCCUGUACUAGAUCAGGGUUAUAUAAGCCUAGAGGUACAGUACCAGUCCAAAGUUUGGACACACAGACUCGUUCAAGGUUUUUUCUUUAUUUUUACAAUUUUCUACAUUGUAGAAUAAUAGUGGAAAUCAAAACUAUGAAAUUACACAUUUGGAAUCAUGUAGUUACCAAAAAAGAAUUAAACAAAUCAAAAUGUAUUUUAUAUUUGAGAUUCUUCAACGUAGCCAACAUUUGCCUUGAUGUCAGCUGUGCACACUCAACUGAGUUUUAUUGAGAAAUGUCAAUAAAAAUAUGUCAGCCAAAGCAAAAACCUGAUCAAAAUGUAUUUAUAUACAUGCUGUAAGUACAGAAAUGGUUUGCUCAGUGGGAAA